CAUACACCACGCCAGAUACACAAUCGCCAUGCAAAUGCAAUAUAGAUAGCUGCUGCCCCCCGACUACAGUACUCCCCAGUUACUCAGUAUCUAGCAGCAUGGCAACACUAACCCCCGACGAGAAACGCCCUCGGGUCUCGGAUUCCCCUACCGAACUGAUCCCGGGCCUUCAGGAUCCGACAUCCGAUCACGACGAAGCAGCAGCAGCAGCAGCCGCCGAAGAAGAAGUCUAUUCGAUCUACACCGGCACAGCCAGAAACCUAAUCGUCAUGACGGCCUCCGUGGCCGGGUUCUUUUCCCCGCUAUCGGCGAACAUUUAUCUGCCUGCUCUCGACACUCUGGCCGAUGAGCUUCAUGUCAGCGAUACUAUGAUUAAUCUAACGAUCACAACCUACAUGAUCUUCCAAGGCCUAGCACCCGCCAUCUUCGGCGGUCUAGCUGACACCGCUGGGCGACGGCCCGCGUAUAUCCUGUGUUUUACUAUCUAUAUCGCUGCUAAUAUUGGUCUUGCCUUGCAGCGGAACUAUGCCGCCUUGCUCGUGCUCCGCUGUCUGCAAAGUACCGGGAGCAGUAGUACUAUUGCCAUUGCUAACGCUAUCGUCGCUGAUAUUGUCACGCCCGCUGAACGCGGUCUCUAUAUCGGAUACGGAUCAGCAGGGAGUGUUUUUGGACCGUCACUUGGACCGAUUAUCGGCGGGCUCUUGACUCAGUUUCUCGGGUGGCCUUCUAUUUUCUGGUUUCUGGUUAUCUUCGCUGCUGUGUUCUUCCUCCCUUUACUUUUUUUUCUCCCCGAAACGGCGCGUAAGGUGGUAGGGAAUGGCUCACAUCCGGCGCCACCAUGGAAUCUAUCGUUUCUGCAGCUCUGCAAGCGCUCCAAAUCCACCACCCCCGGCACCACGACAGUGCAAAACCGAAUCACAUUCCCCAACCCCCUCAAAACGCUCAUCAUCCUCUCCGACAAAGAAGUCUUCCUCAUACUGCUAGGAAACAGCCUCGCCUUUGCAGGCUACUACGCCGCCUCAACGAGCAUAACCUCCCAAUUCAGCGCCAUCUACCACUUCAACGAGGUACAGAUCGGACUAUGCUUCAUCCCCGUCGGCGUCGGCAGUCUGAUCGCCGCAUAUACACAAGGUCAAAUCGCGAACUGGAAUUACCGUCGUCAUGCCCGUCGCUCCGGAAUGUCUAUCUCCACAACCCGGGGGCAAAAUAUGGAUGAGUUUCCGCUCGAGCGGGCGAGAACGGAAGUGAUUCUUCCGCUUAUACUUAUCGAAGGGCUCGCAUUGAUUGCCUACGGCUGGGUAUUGCACUAUGAGACCAAUCUGGCGGGCCCGUUGAUCCUGUUGUUAUGUAUUGGGUAUACGUCCGGUGCGACGAUGAAUAUCAUGAGUGUGCUGAUGGUGGAUAUUUAUCCCGAGAGUCCGGCAACGGCGACGGGGGCGAAUAAUCUCACGCGGUGUUGGUUGGGGGCUGUGGCGACGGGGGUUAUUGUACCGAUGAUUGAGGGGAUGGGGAGGGGGUGGGCAUUUACGGUGAUUGGGUUUUUGUGCUUUUUGUGUGGGCCGGUGAUUGGUGUGGUUUGGGGGUGGGGACAUGCCUGGAGGAGGGAGAGGCAUCGAAGGGAGAAGGAGAGGAAUUGA